UGACGUCACCGAACCGGAGGGCCGGGUGAUCCUCCAACGCGGCGCCUAGUCACACGGGCCAGGAGGAAUCAACAACCCAAGCCGGAAUUUCAGAGCUAGGUUGUGUCCCCACCCCUCGGUCCGUGUCUGUAUCCGUUUGUGUGCGUGUGUGGAGAGUUCUGGCCGGUGCUCUCGUGAUUCGGUAACCGGGGGAAGAUGGCGGACCCGGCAGAGUGCACCAUUAAAGUCAUGUGCCGUUUCAGGCCGUUAAACAGCUCGGAGGUGACAAGAGGGGACAAAUACGUAGCGAAAUUUCAGGGAGAGGACAGUGUCGUUAUUGGGGGUAAACCGUAUGCGUUUGACAGAGUUUUCCAGUCCAACACGUCUCAGGAGCAAGUGUACACGGCCUGCGCUCAACAAAUCGUCAAAGAUGUGCUUGGUGGAUAUAACGGAACCAUUUUCGCCUAUGGUCAGACGUCAUCAGGCAAAACGCACACAAUGGAGGGAAAUCUUCAUGACACAGAUGCAAUGGGAAUUAUUCCCAGAAUAGUACAAGACAUCUUUAACUACAUUUACUCUAUGGAUGAAAAUCUGGAGUUCCACAUUAAAGUGUCAUAUUUUGAGAUAUACCUGGAUAAGAUUCGGGACCUAUUGGAUGUUUCAAAGACUAAUUUAUCUGUACAUGAAGACAAAAAUAGGGUUCCUUAUGUCAAGGGUUGCACUGAGAGAUUUGUUUGCAGUCCAGAAGAAGUGAUGGACACUAUUGAUGAGGGCAAAUCUAACAGACAUGUAGCUGUGACAAACAUGAAUGAGCACAGCUCCAGGAGUCACAGUAUCUUCCAGAUCAAUGUGAAGCAGGAGAACACUCAAACAGAACAGAAGCUAAGUGGGAAACUCUACCUGGUCGACUUGGCAGGCAGCGAGAAGGUCAGUAAAACAGGAGCUGAAGGCGCAGUCCUGGAUGAAGCCAAAAACAUCAACAAGUCUCUGUCAUCCCUGGGCAAUGUGAUAUCAGCCUUAGCCGAGGGUUCGGCGUAUGUUCCUUACAGAGAUAGUAAAAUGACAAGGAUCUUGCAGGAUUCUCUGGGUGGGAACUGCAGGACCACCAUUGUCAUCUGCUGUUCUCCUUCCUCAUACAAUGAGGCUGAGACCAAAUCCACUCUCAUGUUUGGACAGAGAGCCAAGACCAUUAAGAACACCGUGUGUUUGAAUGUGGAGCUAACAGCAGAGCAAUGGAAGAAGAAAUAUGAGAGGGAGAAAGAACGGAACAAGAGCCUGCGAAACACCAUCACAUGGCUGGAGAAUGAACUUAACCGCUGGAGAAACGGUGAAACGGUUCCUGCAGAGGAGCAGUAUGAUAAGGAGAAGGCUAAUGCUGAAGUGUUGGCGCUGGAUAACACAAUUAAUAAUGACAAAUUUGCAUCCACACCAAGCAUGCCGCCUGUGCCAGGAAUGCUCGGGGCCCGACUCACCGAUUCUGAGAAGGAGAAAUGUGAGGUUGAACUCACCAAACUCUACGAGCAACUUGACGACAAGGAUGAAGAGAUUAAUCAGCAGUCUCAGUUGGUGGAGAAGCUUAAGCAGCAGAUGUUGGACCAAGAGGAGCUGCUGGCCUCAUCACGGCGAGACCAUGAUAACCUGCAGGCGGAGCUGAAUCGUCUGCAGAUGGAGAACGAUGCGUCUAAAGAGGAGGUGAAGGAGGUGCUGCAGGCCCUGGAGGAGCUUGCCGUCAACUAUGAUCAGAAGAGUCAGGAGGUGGAGGACAAAACCAAGGAGUUUGAAGCGCUCAGUGAAGAACUUGGUCAAAAAUCUAGCACCCUGGCAUCUAUAGACUCAGAACUGCAGAAACUGAAGGAAAUGGCAAAUCACCAGAAGAAGAGGGUAACUGAGAUGAUGUCGUCACUGCUCAAAGAUCUGACAGAGAUUGGCAUUGCUGUGGGCAACAAUGACAUCAAGCAGCAUGAAGGCAGUGGUCUUAUAGACGAAGAGUUCACUGUAGCCAGACUCUAUAUCAGUAAGAUGAAGUCAGAAGUCAAAUCGAUGGUCAAACGUUGCAAGCAGUUGGAAAACACACAGUCUGAGAGCAACAAGAAGGUGGAUGAAUCUGAGAAGGAGCUUGCAGCAUGCCAGUUACGCAUAUCCCAGCAUGAGGCAAAAAUUAAAUCUCUGAGUGAGUAUCUGCAGAACGUAGAGCAGAAGAAGAGACAGUUGGAAGAGGACGUGGACUCCCUUAAUGAAGAGCUGGUCAAAAUCAAUGCACAGGAGAAAGUUCAUGCAAUGGAGAAAGAGAGUGAGAUUCAGAGUGCCAAUGAGGUGAAGGAUGCUGUUGAGAAGCAAAUUCAGAGUCACAGGGAAGCCCAUCAGAAACAGAUCAGCAGCCUGAGAGACGAGCUGGAAACCAAAGAGAAACUGAUCACUGAUCUUCAAGAUCUGAAUCAGAAGAUCAUGCUGGAGCAGGAGCGUUUGAAAGUGGAACAUGAGAAACUCAAAUCCAAUGACCAGGAGAAGAGCCGCAAACUACAUGAGCUCACUAUGAUGCAGGACCGCAGGGAACAGGCCAAACAGGAUCUAAAAGGCUUGGAGGAGACUGUGGCCAAGGAGCUGCAGACUUUGCACAACCUCAGGAAAUUGUUUGUUCAGGAUCUGGCAACUCGUGUUAAAAAGAGUGCAGAGAUGGACUCUGAUGAAACUGGCGGCAGUGCUGCUCAGAAGCAGAAGAUCUCUUUCCUGGAGAACAAUCUAGAACAACUCACCAAGGUCCACAAACAGCUGGUGCGUGAUAAUGCUGACCUGCGGUGUGAGCUUCCUAAACUGGAGAAGCGUCUGCGGGCAACAGCGGAGCGUGUGAAGGCUCUGGAGUCGGCGCUCAAAGAGGCCAAAGAGAACGCAGCUCGCGACCGCAAACGCUACCAGCUGGAGGUGGACCGCAUCAAAGAGGCCGUGAGAGCCAAAAACAUGGCCCGCAGAGGACACUCUGCACAGAUAGCUAAACCCAUCAGGCCUGGACAGCAACCUGUAGCUUCUCCUACACACCCCAAUGUGCUGCGUGGAGGCGGUGGCGUCCUCUACCAGAACAGCCAACCUAUGCCCAUCAGAGGAGGUGGCGCUAAACAAGAGAAGAGCUGAAGAUGAGUUUUUCUCCCUCACUACCGAAGCUGCGAGAAUGCAAGAAGUCUUCAUGGAAAUGUCAUUCCAUUAACAUAAUCCCUCCUGCUGGUGCACAUGGGAGGACGUCCCAAUCGAAAUAUUCAUGGCUGUACAGUUCCACUCCCAAUUUGUUUUGUUUUUUUCCCUUCAAAGCAAUUUAUUUUAUGAAUAUUGCACUCGCACGUGCACCGAACAUGACCUAACAAGGAAAUCAAGAAAUAAACGUUAGCAAAGUGAACAAUUGACCACGACCCAGAAGCCUGUGCUAUCAGCUGUAAUCUCUCCAUUCAUCUGCAGUCCUCAGCUGCUCUCUGCACACCUCUGUUAAAACUACUGCCUGAUAAUCAAGCAAAAGACCUCGCUCAUGGCUUCACUUCAUACGGGUCGGCGUCUAGACUGCAGCAAGCUUGUAUAGAAAAAUACCUAAAUAGAGAAUAUGCAAGCGUGCUCGUCCGCAGAUCGCCUAUAUCACUACAAACUCAGAUGUUCCUGUGUGAAAGUACUCUGUCUGAACAGGUGCAGAUCUGAAACCCUAUGGUUUUUACUUUCUGUAGUAACUAAUGGUUGUAAAGGGGAAGGUGGAGAGGAUCAUAGACUUGAGUAACCAGGCCUUACACAGCAGGCUAAUGCUGUAAGUGUCUCAAUUUAAACAUGCAGUCACAAAUGCUUUUUUUUUUUUUAACAAAAACAAUUGAAGGUUGUCCUGUCCUGCUCUUCGCACAUAUCACGUCUUGCAUAUCAAAAUUCUUAUUCGAAAAGUUAUUGUCUAUAUUUAAGAUUAUUCUAUUAAUCAGACUUUUCUGCCUGUAUCCUCGAUACAUAACUAUUUAAAUGUUUUGGAUAUGUAUGUGUUGGUCAGUUUACAUCUGUAGAAGUCCUCACGUGACAUCAUUGCUUGCUUGCUCUUCCACUGUUACUGAUCAACCAAUCAGUUUAGCAGAAUGAUGGUGUGGGCUGGCUUGUUUCAAACUCCAAGAGGACAUUGCGGAAAGGGGUUGCUUAUUUUUUUAACUCUCUUUAUGAGGAGGUUCAAUGAAUGUGGAUCAUUAUUAUUGAAGCUAGCCUUAAAUGAUUUUAUUAAGACUUUACACUCCUGAUAUUGUUGAAAGAAAGCUUAGGAAUUGCAAAUUACAGGAUAUGACAACCUUCAGUGUCAUUUUUGCUUUCUGGGUGUUUUAUACCUUUAAGUGACGUCACCAGGACCAUUAAGAGCGCAGUUGUGUUAAUAGCCCUAAAUUCUUCCCUUUUCAGUGCAUGAAGGAUAAUUAAUUGAUGUUCAUGGGGAAUGCCACACAUUUAAUGAAAACUUCAAAUAAAUAGCUAUUUUUUUUAUUACUGUGUAAUAGUAUCUCCAUGACUGAUUGACAGAGUUCCACCGAUGGACAAACGCACUGGAUCAUUCCAACAGUACAAGGUGUUAUUGGAAGAUUCGGGUUGAAGGGAAAGAGGGGAUGACAUUACUGAUGACACUUUUUUUCUGGAUGGACUGCAUGACGUAUGUGUGAUUAAAUCAACAUUCUGAAACAUGGGAA